AUGGUCCUCAAGCUUUACGGAUUCCCAGCCUCCACUUGUACUCAUCGAGUACGCACCGUCCUCGCAGAAAAGGGUCUCGAGGCCGAAUUCCACCCUGUCGACUUGGCCAAAGGCGAACAAAAAGCAGAGUCUUACCUGAAUAACCUGCACCCAUUCGGCAAAGUGCCUGUUCUACAAGACACCGAGACGGGUAUUCAAGUUUUCGAAAGCAGAGCCAUUAACCAGUACCUUUCCAGCAAGUACUCCGGCCAAGGAACCGCACUUUCCCCUCCAGAGUCCGAUCUGAAAGCUUGGGCUCUGUACCAGCAGGCCCUCUCCAUUGAACAAUCCUACUUUGACCCGAUCGUCUCUCAGAUCGCUUUCGAGAAAGUCUUCAAAGCCCGGAAGGGUCUUGGUGAGACCGACGAGGCUCGCGUCCAGGCCCUCCUUUUGCAGCUCGCUCCCACCCUCGAGGGCUAUGAGCGGGUUCUUUCCAAGCACAAGUACCUUGCCGGUGACCAGGUGACCCUGGCGGAUCUGGCGCAUUUGCCGUAUGGUGUGUUCGUGGAGCAAUUCGGAUUCGCUGAUCUUCUUCCGAAGUAUCCCCAUGUUCAAAAGUGGUGGGAGGAGCUGAAGGCGAGGGAGAGCUGGAAGAAGGUUACUGCUUAG